GCACUGUAUGUCUGAUUCAAAAGCGUUGCUCAUCAACAUCAAUUAUGCUUCACAAAUACUACGGACUAAUCCAUGUACAUGCCCUUUGCAAUACGGACACUGCAGGAGGGAGGGGGAUCCUGCAUUUCUUUUUUUUUUUUACAAAAUAAUUACGAUAAAUAGAUGUGUAUAUAACCAUAUAAUCCCUGCGACGCACGUGUCUAUUCAUACGGGUAUUUAACCUUCAUAUCCACAUCUUGUUUUUCAUUUAAUACAGAAGGUUGGAUUAUGUUUAAUGGUGCAAAGGACAUUAUUGAUAUGUCAGGACGUGACUCCAGAAGGCGACUCAGUGCACUGUACUUGAGAAGCGGCGAUCCACGUCACAUUCAUGCAGCUUCUCUAUAGGACCGCCUUGUGGAACAGGGCGCUAAGCCCCGCCCACAACUGACACAGCCUAGAUAACACAUGUGGGUUCCUGUUGAACUUCGGAUGAAACUCGGAAUUUUAACUGGCAUGUGCACACUUUGAUGAACAGUCAUCGCCACGUGUGAAAAUAUGUUGAGCGCCAUUAAAAAAUUGCACAUGGCUAAUCAUCAUGCUGCGAAGGAACUGAGUGAGCAAGGCCAGCUGAUGUUUAAGGGAGCUUCUGCAAACUCUGAAUCCAAAAGAGAGUAUAAACUAAAGUGCUAGGUUUGCUCAGCCUGUGCCAAUGCAGCAGCACAGCCGGCAACCCGACCUAGUGGAAGGAAGACUUCCAGUGUUUGUGUUCCCCACAGAGCUGUUUUUUUAUGCAGAUGAGCAGGCCUCACACAAGCAGGUGCUUACCCUUUACAACCCAUAUGAGUUUGCACUCAAGUUCAAAGUUCUGUGCACAGCACCAAAUAAGUAUGCAGUAGUGGAUGCCACUGGUGCUGUCAAGCCGCAAUGCUGUGUAGACAUAGUGAUCCGGCACCGAGACGUGCGGGCCUGCCACUAUGGAGUGAUCGAUAAGUUUCGCCUGCAGGUGUCUGAGCAGAGCCAGAGGAAAGCUCUGGGCCGGAAGGAAGUAAUGGCAACGCUGCUGCCCUCAGCAGCUCAGGAGCAGCCUCAAAGCCGGCCUCAGGAGGAGGAGCGCAGGAUGAAGGAGCAGCUCACUGACAGCUUGUUCUUUGAGCAGACUGCAUUCCAGACAGAGAGUCGUGCAGCGUCAGGGGGCCCCAGCCUGUUAACUGUCCUGUUGGGAUUAGUGUGCAUGGCUGCGCUUAUGCUCCCUACACUGGGAGAGCAGGAAUCCACAGUGCCUGUCUACCUCCACUUAAGCGUUAAUAAGAAACUCGUAGCUGCUUAUGUGUUAGGUCUUCUCACAAUGGUUAUCCUCCGCACAUGAUGUGCCACUGGCUGAUGACUUUGUAUAGAGGAACUAAAGAAAAAGAGGGGAAAUAGACAUUUGCACAACCAGAAGAGUUGUGAAAAAAAGGGGUGAACCCAUGUGAAAGAUAAAAAUCAACUCUUUUUUUUUAACAGGAACUAACUGCUUAAAUGAUAUUACAAACAAGUGUAUGCCCCAAUGAAGAUGAAAACAUCAUGGGGCCAGGGAGGGAUGUACUCUGAGAGGACACCCAGAAACAAUGACUGAGCUGGCGACUGAGCCACGCUGACUAUCAGGGAUGGUGGGAUGGGGUUGUGUGCAUAACCAUAAGGAAUAUGUUAAAUUAAACGUUUUACUUCA